AUGGCGCUUCUUUUCCUCAAGCAGAAAAUCUUCCCAGACACAGGGAAGAAAACCAAGUCCAAUGGAUACGAUGACGACUAUUCCAACCAAGACGUCGAAGCUCAACGAUCAUACAGCACGUUCGGUGCUUCUUGUCCCUCUUCUGACGUCGACUCGGAAAGCACCGUGGCCAGCAGUACCAGCAGUACUCGGCAGCGCGUUGACCCGCGCAUUGUGUCUGAUGCUAUCCUGGGUCUCUCGGAUGGUUUGACGGUUCCAUUUGCCCUCAGUGCUGGGCUUUCAGCACUGGGAAACACCAAGGUUGUCGUGCUGGGUGGUCUCGCAGAGCUGGCAGCCGGUGCUCUAUCCAUGGGACUGGGUGGAUAUGUAGGAGCUAAGAGUGAAGCUGAAUCCUACGAAACCACUGUCCGAGAAACAAAAGACCUCAUCGAAACCUCACCCGCCGAAACCAGCGCCAUCGUCCGCGAAACCUUCAUCCACCACGGCAUCCCCGAAGACGUAAUCGCCCAGAUCAACGCCUCCCUGCAUGCCUCGCACGACCGUCUGCUCGAGUUCCUCAUCACCUUCUACCACAAAGAGGCAGAGCCGGACUGCAACCAGGCCUGGAUCUCGGCCAUCACACUUGCCCUGGGCUAUUUCGUCGGUGGAUUCAUCCCGCUCAUCCCGUACUUUAUUGUGGAUAAGGUCAUUGCGGCGCUGUACUGGAGUAUUGGGGUCAUGGCGGUCACGUUGCUGGUGUUUGGGUAUAUCAAGACUUGCAUUGUGCGUGGAUGGUCGGGACGAGAGAAUAUCAUGGCGGGCAUCUCGGGGGGAAUCCAGAUGUGUUUCGUCGGUGGUGUUGCGGCUGGUGCGGCCAUUGGUCUGGUCCGAUUGAUUGGGACUGGCGAUGCCUGA